AUAUACACAUCUUUUUGAUCAAUCUCUCAUUCAAAAUCUCAUUCUCUCUAGUAAACAAGAACAAAAAAAUGGCGGAUACAGCUAGAGGAACCCAUCACGAUAUCAUCGGCAGAGACCAGUACCCGAUGAUGGGCCGAGACCGAGACCAGUACCAGAUGUCCGGACGAGGAUCUGACUACUCCAAGUCUAGGCAGAUUGCUAAAGCUGCAACUGCUGUCACAGCUGGUGGUUCCCUCCUUGUUCUCUCCAGCCUUACCCUUGUUGGAACUGUCAUAGCUUUGACUGUUGCAACACCUCUGCUCGUUAUCUUCAGCCCAAUCCUUGUCCCGGCUCUCAUCACAGUUGCACUCCUCAUCACCGGUUUUCUUUCCUCUGGAGGGUUUGGCAUUGCCGCUAUAACCGUUUUCUCUUGGAUUUACAAGUACGCAACGGGAGAGCACCCACAGGGAUCAGACAAGUUGGACAGUGCAAGGAUGAAGUUGGGAAGCAAAGCUCAGGAUCUGAAAGACAGAGCUCAGUACUACGGACAGCAACAUACUGGUGGGGAACAUGACCGUGACCGUACUCGUGGUGGCCAGCACACUACUUAAGUUACCCCACUGAUGUCAUCGUCAUAGUCCAAUAACUCCAAUGUCGGGGAGUUAGUUUAUGAGGAAUAAAGUGUUUAGAAUUUGAUCAGGGGGAGAUAAUAAAAGCCGAGUUUGAAUCUUUUUGUUAUAAGUAAUGUUUAUGUGUGUUUCUAUAUGUUGUCAAAUGGUACCAUGUUUUUUUUCCUCUCUUUUUGUAACUUGCAAGUGUUGUGUUGUACUUUAUUUGGCUUCUUUGUAAGUUGGUAACGGUGGUCUAUAUAUGGAAAAGGUCUUGUUUUGUUAAACUUAUGUUAGUUAACUGGAUUCGUCUUUAACCAC